AUGUUUGAAAGGCCCAGUCCUGGGAUGAUCUACCAUUUAAAACCAUUGUUCAUCAGGGCUAAGGUGGAUGGAAUGGCGGUGAAUAAGGUUUUUGUCGACGAAGGUGCUGCAGUCAAUCUAAUGCCCUAUACUCUGUUUAAGAAAAUGGGAAAGGUCGAUGAAGAUCUCCAACAACAUAACAUGGUCCUUUCAAAUUAUGAAGGGAAAACCAGCAAUAUAAUGGGGGUAGUUCAGGUCGACCUCGCGGUAGGCACGACAACACAUUCAACAUUUUUCAUGGUAAUACAUUCAAAAGCCAACUUCAACUUACUCCUAGGUCGAGAAUGGAUCCAUGGAAUAGGGUUUGUUCCCUCAACGGUCCACCAAAGGCUUAUAAUCUGGAGAAAAGACGACAUCAUAGAGAAUAUUGAAGCCGACCAAAGCUAUUAUCGGGUCGAUGACAGGGGUUCCAAGAGGUUGUUUGGCCAACAUUUGAUGAAUAUAGCGCCUUGUGAUGACGAAUCGGGAUCAUAUACUUCCGUCAAUACUGGUCGAGUUCUGAACUUGGACCCUGAUCAUGGUUUCAUUUGGGAUAACGAGGAAGACACAUGA